AUGAAGCCGUUUCCCUUCUUCCGCCUUUCGCAAGAGGUGCGUGAUCAGAUCUACAAUGAGCUCGAGAUCAAGUCCGUCUGGGUCAGCGUCAUAGUCCCACCCCGCGCCUCAGACAUAAAGUCGGGCGACAAGACGAGCGUGGCUAUCAAAUUCAUGGUCAAAGUCUCACCGAUGCCAGUCACGAACUUUGCACUCGUGUCUCGGACGUUCAAGUACGAGUACGAGACGGAGUUGCGGCGGCACCUGCGUCUUAAUAUGGGAUCCGUAUCGAAGCGCCCCUUCUGGCCGGAGUCUCUGACGGAGUACGAUUCCAGGGUUCGUCGCUUGCUGCGCGGGGUUCUGGAGGCGGAGGCGAGGAUUUGGCAUCUGGGAGGGGCAAGCCACGACGCUGAGGCAUACUGCCGCGUCCGUGAGCUCCUUCUGCCCCUCCUGCCGAACGUGAAAUCUUUCACGCAAGACCUCCUCUUCCAACUCCCCGCCACCGCCUUCGACCCCGACGAUAAGCCCGUCGGACUCCUCGACACAACCUUCUUAGACCAGCGCCUCCCUCUCCCCGACCAGGCGCGCAAGAUCCCCCUCAAAACUCGCGUCUACCUCACCUCCGCCCUCGUCAGCAUCAACCCAAACUACCGCCCCACCGCAGACGACAUCCGCGAGUUCUCAAUACUCGAAUUCGAGAAUCCCGAGGCCAUCAGGUCUUGCAUCAAAAUUUUCCCACGAACAACAUUAUUUUUCGAGCUGCGCCGGCGGAGGAGGAUGGUGGAAUGGUUUGGGGAUUGGAUUUGGUGUCUGAGGAGGGUGCGAAGGUGUAUGAUUGGCGAGUACCCAUGA